CCGAAGCGUGUGAAGUUCACACCGACGUGUCACCAGAUGGUUCAGUCCGAGGAUGGCCGCUGCUGUCGGUGUAAAUAAACAGACGAGCGCAGCGUCGAUGGAGUCGUGUGUGAGACACGGCCGAGGCACGACCUCAAAUGCGGUGAAGGUGUUGGAGUGCGGUGUUUGUGAGGAUGUGUUUUCACUGCAAGGCGACAAGGUGCCGCGGCUGCUGCUGUGCGGACACACGGUGUGUCACGACUGCUUGACCCGUCUGCCUCUCCACGGCAGGGCAGUUCGCUGCCCCUUUGACAGACAGGUCACUGAGCUGGGAGACUCGGGUGUGUGGGGCCUGAAGAAGAACUUUGCUCUGCUAGAACUGCUUGAACGGCUGCAGAAUGGGGCCAGCAAUCAGUCAGGCAUGUCAGAGGAUGCGCUUCGUGAGAUGGGCGAGUGCAUUAUCCGCUGUGAUGAGGAUGAGACUCACACUGCUUCCAUGUACUGUACGGUUUGUGCCACACACCUGUGCGCCGAGUGCUCCCAGCUCACCCACUCCACCCGGACACUGGCCAAACACCGGCGCGUGCCGCUGGCAGAUAAACCCCACGAGAAGAUGCUCUGUCCGCAGCAUCAGGUGCAUGCCAUUGAGUUUGUCUGCCUGGAAGACGGCUGCCAGCCCGGGCCGCUCAUGUGCUGCGUGUGCAAGGAGUACGGGAAGCACCAAGGACAUAAGCAUGCUGUAUUAGAGGCUGAAGCCAACCAGAUCCGAGCGUCCAUCCUGGAUAUGGCACACUGCAUCCGUACAUUCACAGAGGAAGUGUCGGAGUACUCCAGGAAACUAGUGGGCAUCGUGCAGCAGAUCGAAGGAGGAGAGCAGAUCGUGGAGGACAGCAUGGGCCUGGCUCACACUGAACACGUACCAGGAACAGCCGAGAGCGCCCGGUCUUGCGUGCGUGCCUAUUUUGCGGAUCUACAUGAGACGCUGUGCCGUCAGGAGGAGAUGGCUCUGAGCGUGGUGGACGCACACGUCCGAGAGAGGCUGAUCUGGCUUCGACAGCAGCAGGAGGACAUGACCAUACUGCUGUCGCAGGUGUCCACCGCCUGUCUGCACUGCGAGAAAACACUGCAGCAGGACGAUUGCAGGGUGGUUUUGGCGAAACAGGAGAUCAACCGGUUACUAGAGACCCUGCAGAAACAGCAGCAGCAGUUCACAGAGCUGGCCGACCACAUUCAGCUGGAUGCAGGCAUCCCUGUUACUUUCACAAAGGACAACCGUGUGCACAUUGGUCCAAAAAUGGAGAUCCGGGUUGUGACUUUGGGUUUAGAUGGAGCUGGAAAAACCACUAUUCUCUUCAAACUGAAGCAGGACGAGUUUAUGCAGCCCAUACCGACUAUAGGUUUUAAUGUAGAAACGGUGGAGUACAAAAACCUGAAAUUCACCAUUUGGGACGUCGGUGGCAAACACAAACUUCGUCCGCUGUGGAAACACUACUAUCUGAACACACAAGCGGUGGUGUUUGUGAUCGACAGCUGUCACAGAGACCGGCUGAUGGAGUCUCACAGCGAACUGGCCAAACUGUUGACGGAGAAAGAGCUCCGAGACGCUCUGCUGCUCAUCUUCGCCAACAAACAGGACGUUCCCGGCGCGGUGUCUGUGGAGGAGAUGACGGAGCUCCUGAGCUUACACAAACUGUGCUGUGGCCGCAGCUGGCACAUCCAGGGCUGUGACGCCCGCAGCGGCAUGGGUCUACACGAGGGCUUGGACUGGCUCUCACGCCAGCUGGUGGCCGCAGGAGUUCUGGACGUGGCCUGAGGGACUCUUAACCACAACUAAUAGACUUCAAACUCGAACCGGUCCAUGACAUUUGCACAGUCACCCUUCUCACGUUUACCCACAGUACCGCGUCAUACCGUCAUACAUUAGUAGGCUUGCUGCUGUGUGCGCUCGUGGCUGAACGGAGUGAUGCAAACGAGGACUCCAGGUUAAAUGCAUCCAAACAUCAUUUCGAGCCGGCCGUGGCGGUUGCUUCGGUGGCCCGGUAGACUUCCAUUGUACAUGCUUUUCUGUCAAAAUGGGUUUUGUUGGUUUUCACGUAGUCCCUUCAUUCAUGUGUAUUUAACCUGGACUGUUCCUUUAAAAACAAGCUGAUGGACUAAAUGUGAACUAAACAGCUGAAAAUGUACUCGCUCUCAGGCCAUCCAGGAUGUAGACGAGUUUGUUCAUUCAUGGACUUGCAGAGAUGUAGCGUUACAUCACUUACCCACCAGUGGAUCCUUAGCAGCGAAUGGGUGCCGUCACAAUUAAAACAUCACAGCAACCCACAGCACUCCAGUCCAACAAAGUGUUAUUAAAAGCAUAUUUGUGACGUAAUUGUUUAGAGCUGUCAAGGCUUGUAAACAGUGCUUGAUCUGUGCGUAUUUCUCUCCUGAUUCAGACAAGGACGCAGUUUUCACUGGAGAAAGCAGUAUUAUGGAGGUUUUUUGCAAACAUUUUCACUUCACAAGGAAUUAACUGAUGGACUGGAGUGCAUGGAUUACCGUGAUGUUUCAUCCGACGGCACCCAUUCACCGCAGGGCAUCCAUUGCUGAGAAAGUGAUGUCAUGCUACAUUUCUCCAAAUUUGCUCGGAUGAAGAAACCAACUGAUUUACAUCUUGAGUACAUUUUCAGCUUUUUUCCCCACUUGUGACUGAACCGUUGCUUUACCACGUAGCUCACGACGCCGUCUUUUUAUGGUCACUUUACUCAUUUUGAUCACUUGUGGAGUAGUUACUAACUAACUGGAGAUAUUUUGCGCAUAUAUAUAUAGUAGAUGUGCUUAAGCAAAAUAUACCGGUCAUUUCUGUACAGACACCCUCAUGAAAUCCCUAUAGCGUUGUGCGCAAACAGCACAAGGUUUAACUAGAUCUAAUCGUAGGUACAGCCUCGUAGGUGAGGAGGAAACUAGGCAUCAAUCACCAGACUCAUGGUUUCUGCAAUGUGAAGUGCCUGUUGAUGUGUCAGAUUAGAAAGGACAUGUGAUCAAACCCAUUGCCAUUGUUCAAAGGUUACAUGCAAGGUGAAUUUCACAAAACCUGCCGGUAACGUGAAUAUAUCAAGCUUUCCUUUAUUAUCAAAGCAAAAAAAACUAAAACAUUUUGCAUUAAGAAAGUUUUUUCAUUACAGUCAAGCGCAUCUUACCUUCGUAUUCUCAUUACCAUAAUGUAAAAAAAUAAUCACGUUCUAAUUCAUGUGAAAUGCUACACACGGUAGCAUGGAUUUGCGUUAAAAUAAAUAUUAGUACAGUGAUAAAUUUGAUGAAUUAACGCAUUUAUGGAGUAGAAUGCGUUUGCUACGAAAACGAUCAAGCAAACAUUUUGUAGUGUUAGUUUUUCUCGUCUCCCCGGCGUACGCAAAAUUAAAUCGCUCUUGGGGGUAAAAAUGUGACCCACGUGCAUUUUUGUGAGAUUCACCCAAAAGCAUACCAUCGUUUUUAAGUUUUUUUUUUAUGGCUAUUGUGAAUUUUUGGCUUUAAAUGAGCUUAUGCAUAUUUAUUGAAACGUACAUUGUGGUCUUAAGACUGGUUGCAUGGGUGUUGGUGUGUUUUCACCACGUGUGGAGAGACGGAUGUGUCUGUGGCAAAAAAAAAAAAAAAAAAGUUACUGAUUAUUUAUAUUUCAAAGGAGGAUAGUAGUUGUCAUAAAACGUGUAAACUCCCAUUCGUUGGUCCAUUGCUUAUUAAUAUCUCAUUUGUUAGAGCAAGUGCUUAGCAUCUUAACUAAAGCGAACACUUACUUUAUAUUCCGUCGGUGUACUUCAGCUAUGACACGGAUGUGGCUGUAUGCGAACGCUCCAUUAUUUGAGAGGUCACCCGCAUUAGUCGGUUUUAGGAACCAUCCUUUGGUUUAAAGCAUUGAUCCUCGUCGCUGUGUAACGUUGACUAACUGUACUUCGGUGAAUCGCAUGCGUGAAGCCUUUUCUUGUCCCCCGUCGCAGGAGGAGCUGAACUUGUGAAAGGCUUCGUGGUUGGUGUGAGUUUUUGGAAGCCUCUCAAGAAGCACAGUGCACAUCCACGUCUGCUGUUGAACUGAUGACGGCUUUUUGUAUAACCAUUCAUAAUGUUAUGCUAUUAAAAACCAAGCUGAAAACA